UGACGCUUUAAAAAAAAAAAAAGUAAACGGUCAAACGAUUAAGAACAGCUUCUAAAAACUAUCGGUGGAGGUGGUCACGUGUAAAGAAGGGUAGGUGGUGAGUAAGUGGUCCAUAUAUAGAAGCGCCUCCACGUUCACCAACACGAACGCGUACCUGUCACGCAUAUAUACGCAGCACGAGCACCGAAGCGCACACUUUUUGUGCUUGAGUGGAUUAAGCUCUGCCGACUUGACGGCUACCCAACGCUUCGUUAAUUGCAAAAGAACGACUACAAACCGUAUUCAUCAUGCCUGGACGUCCUCUGUGGCAGGUUGCUGGCAAGCGUGAAGCAAGCCAGGAGGCUGAAGCCCAGCAAUGGAUCGAGACAGUGGUUGGACAAAAGUUUCCAUCAGGCGUGAGUUACGAGGAUGCAUUAAGAGAUGGGGUGUUGCUAUGCAAUCUCAUGAACAAGUUGCAGCCUGGUCUUAUCACCAAGAUUAACACAUCCGGUGGGGAUUAUAAAAUGAUGGACAACCUCAAUCAGUUCCAGAAGGCCUGCGUGAAAUACGGAGUACCUGACGUGGACCUCUUCCAGGCCGUCGACCUUAUAGAAAGGAAGAACAUAGCACAAGUGACCAAUACGAUUUUCGCCAUCGGUCGCACUACGUAUAAACAUCCGGAAUGGCGCGGUCCUUGGCUAGGACCUAAACCAGCGGAGGAAAACAAACGAAACUUCACGGAGGAACAAUUAAGGGCUGGCGAAGGUCUUAUAGGUUUGCAGGCCGGUACCAAUAAGGGCGCUACUCAGGCUGGACAGAGUUUCGGUGCCACGAGGAAGAUCCUUCUUGGAAAAUAAUAAUUAACGCUCCUUGACUACACUUAUAAUUUAAAAAUAAUACUUCUAGGUUGUUUUUAGAUGAAACGAGCAUCGAAAUCGCGGAGGAGUCUCUAGUUGAAAGAAAAUUCUGAUGUAUCAUAGAUCCCGUAAUUUUAUUUGCAUUAUUGUAUAUUGAUAUAUAAAUUGUAUCGCAU